ACUGUUUGGUGCUGAUGCUGCUGCCAUUUCAUCAGUUCUGUGAUCUCGCCUGCAUCUCUCCCCUUCGCUGUCCCUCCAUCUUUGAAGUGCUGGGUAUCUUUUUUUCCGGGGGGGGGGGCAGAACACAAACAGGAAGGUGGAUGUUCUCUACUCUCUUGGAGGCAAACGAAACCCACCUGGUGCUAACCAGAUGUCCUUGAGAAGCAUCCCUCCUUCCUCCUGACAUAUUUCCGACGGAAAGCUUCAAGGUAACUGCCUUGCCAGGUCCUUCGCUCCCCUCUGCCUCGUAAGAAGGCCCGGACGGGCUUGGAGCAUCCGGCCUGCCUUAGGUGGAGGAUGGAGCCUCGUUUGAGGACAAUAUUCCUAAGAGCCUUCCUCCUGCAGCUCUCCGAGGACCGGUUGCCUGGCGGAUCCCUGGGGGAGCGCUGAGACAGCAGCCGGGAGGUCGUCUUGCUGAGAGCCUUUUGUGGGGGCUUGGGGUAAAAACAAAAAAAAAACAAGAACUAAACAAGAACAGCAACCCACCACCACCGAAGCCAAGGGCUUGAGAAAGAUUAGAGGAGGGGGGGCGCGCGUUUUCUGUCAUUGCAAACGACAAGACCCCUUCCUUGGCAAAAAUGAGAGGGGCGGCUCUUCGGCUGAGCGGUGUGACGGGCUGACGGUCAGAAAGGAUGCGUUCUUAUUGUCUUGCUUUAAAAAGAAAUGUGCUGCUUUGGCUCGAGGGAAGGGGAGGGAAGGCGCUUAGGUGAGGUGUCUCGGACCCCCUGACCUUUCCGUCCACUUUCAGCGGGAACAUUUGUGAAGUGUGUGUGUGUGUGUGUGUGUGUGUGUGUGUAGAACACCGGUAGCACCAGCCUAGGAGUCUACUCCCACGCGGCCACGUUCUGUAGGACCUGCCCCUCUUCCUCUUCCUCUUCCUCUUCCUCUUCCUCCAGAGAAGACCUCCUGCGACAAGGACCGCGUCGCUUCCCCCUUUUUCUCCCCUGCUCGCUCGCUCUCCCAGGAGACGAGAAGAAGCUGUAAAAGGGGACGGAAGAGGAACGCCGCCCAGUGGCCGGUGCGUGCGCGCCGGCGCGCUCCUCAACCAGUCCUCGCUCUCCAACGCGGCGCCCCAUUCCGCCUUGCGGGCCGCCGGGAGCGCAGCCUCGAGUUGCUAGAGGUGGCGGGGGACCCUCCUGGGUCGGGUAUGAAAGGCUUGCAUUAGGCUCGCUCCUGCUUCCCUGCGCCAGGCUUGUGCGCCUCGACGGAAGACGCUGCGCCUCCGGCACCCGCGUGGUUGGUCUCUCCGGGGGCGAAGACGCAGCGGCGGCGGUACCGACACCACCAGCACCAAGCGCCGGCUCCGGAGCUACCCCGCCUGGGGAAGGUGGAGCAUGGAGGCCAUUUGGCUCUACCAGUUCCGCCUGAUCGUCAUCGGGGACUCCACCGUGGGCAAAUCCUGCCUCAUCCGCCGCUUCACCGAAGGGCGCUUCGCCCAAGUCUCCGACCCCACCGUGGGUGUGGAUUUCUUCUCCCGCUUGGUGGAGAUCGAACCAGGCAAAAGGAUCAAGCUGCAGAUCUGGGACACCGCCGGACAGGAGAGAUUCAGAUCAAUUACCAAGGCCUACUACAGGAACUCAGUUGGCGGUCUGCUCCUCUUUGACAUUACAAACCGCAGGUCCUUCCAGAAUGUUCACGAGUGGCUAGAGGAGACCAAAGCGCACGUCCAGCCUUACCAGAUCGUGUUCAUUUUGGUGGGCCACAAAUGCGACCUAGACACUCAGCGGCAAGUCACCCGGCACGAGGCUGAAAAACUGGCCCUUGCUUAUGGCAUGAAGUACAUUGAAACCUCCGCCCGGGAUGCCAUUAAUGUGGAGAAAGCUUUCACCGACCUGACUCGAGACAUAUAUGAGCUUGUUAAGAGAGGUGAAAUUACUAUCCAGGAGGGCUGGGAAGGGGUGAAGAGUGGGUUUGUCCCAAACGUAGUCCACUCCUCAGAAGAGGUGGUGAAAUCAGACAGGAGAUGUCUGUGCUGAUUGCUUAACGAAAGCAAGGAGAGAUUAUUGCUGAACUUUACUAACCAAAACAUACCCUGCUAUACAAACUUGUCGUGUGACAGAAGAGAAUGUGACAGUAGUAUGGCAAGUACCAAUGCCUGGUGCUUUGAACCUCUGAAGAAUAGAAUCGUGAAGGGCUGUAACCCCCUGUUAUGUAGGAAUGAACCCAGAUGCAUGCUUAUAUUGUAGGAGAUGGGGUAACGUUAAGAGCAGAAAAGAUCCGAUAGGGGUAGUAAAUAUCAGGGAAUUUUACAAACCCUGUUUUAAAUAAAUCUGUCAUUCAGUGCUUUGUGUUGAAGCCUAUUAAUAUGAAACAUAUUCAGAGGAGGAGGAGAUACAGAAAUCUUGGCUUAUUAUUAUAUAUUUUUAGGAAGAUUAAAACAUAACAUGGUUGCCAUUCUUUUUAUGAGAACUUGAUGGUUAACACAAAGAGGAAAGCAUAUUUUGCAGAAGGGGCGAAGGCUUUCAUGCCUACAAUAUUGCUGCAGUAUAAUCCAACUCUCUUUAAAAGGAAAGGGGGAAGUGUUAGAUCACUCUUGUUAAAAUGCAGUGCAAUGAAUAGAACUGUUAAAAUGUGGUGCAAUGAAUAGAACACAGACUGGUGUUUUCCUGAUCAAGCCAGAUUUGGUGGUUCCAAUUCCAGUAAUUUGAGAGACCAAACGUUUGUGCUACUUCUUCAGUUAUUGAACUGGAAAUGCUCCCCACUCCUGAAUUUGCUGUAAAAUCUGUUAUCAGCAAUGGUGAAAUUCUCAGCCAUAUGCAGUCAUACAGUAUUUCUUAAAUGGGAAAUUAUUUUAUCCUAAUUCAGAGAGGGAUGCAGCCUUCCCACCAGUAGCAAGCUGCAGUGGCCAAUUUUGGGUCUCUUAAAAUACAGACUUCUUGAAAAUAAGGCUGGGGAGGGAAGCAGGACUCAUCAAAAUGGGGAGCACAGACUUUUCCCAAAGAGCGGGAAGUGGGGGUGUUCUUCGUUUUGUUUUGUGGGGUGAAUUUUUUUGGAAAACAAGUUCAAAAGGACUAUCUGAAGGUGGAGCUGAACAGCAGGAGAGAGAGAACUAAGGAAGAGGGUGUGUGGUUGGGAAACCCACAGGAAAGCGGUCAGGAGCGCAAGAAGGAACGCUUUUACUUUGAAAGUAGAACUGGAUAAAAUGCUGGCCAACAAAGCUUCAAGUGGGCCUUUGUUUCAGGGUAAACUUGUUGAGUUCUGAAUUAAGAAAGCAAGCAGUCCAAAUGAAUUAAGGUAAGCAAUAAUAGCCACCCUGAAUACCUAGGAAGAAACUAAUGUGUUGGCAGGAUACUCAGUGAUAUACAUAUGUGCAAAGAAAGGAAGCUUAGUGUGUGUAAUGGUCUAGAUAGAUAUUAAGAUGGAACAAGCCUGGAAGCAGGAAGGGGGAGGAGAGAGAGAGAGAGAGAGAGAGAGAGAGAGAGAGAGAGAGAGAACAUCCGGAGAGUACCAGGUUGGGGAAGAAUGUGGUAUAAUUAUUUUGAAUGAAAUUAAUCUAUACCUUCACAUGCGUUUCCACACUUUAUACUUACAGAAGAACCUUUUAAGAGAACCGCCCACAUCAUUACUUUGUAAAGAUGCAGGUGAGUUUGAACUGGAAACAGAAUUUUAAGUUUGGCACAACAAAGGUCAUAUUAGGGGUAAUGCUAAUACCGAUGUCUUUAUUUUCAAUAAUUAAUUGGGUAACUAGCUUUGUAAUAAACACCACUGAUAUCCACCUUGAGACGGAGAAAAAGUGGACGAGGGGCAGUUUGAAAAAGCCCUCCCCAUCAAGUGUGUGUGUGUGUGUGUGUGUGCGCGCGCGCGCGCAAACACACACACACACACAGAGGUUUUUGGAGGGGUGACGUUUUUCAAACUAGCCCUCAUCUACUUUUAUAUACAUUGGCCCAUAUAAUAUUUUGCUUCUCGUCAUGUGAUGAUAAUAAUUACACAAAUAGUCACAUGACAUUCACUGCCAGCCAGGCUUUUGCAGACUUGCAACAGCAAUGGGAUAUGAACAGCAUUUCAUCUUGAGUCAAAAAAAUAGCUAAAAACAAUCCCCAAUUAAUCUAGUCCAUCCUAACUUCCACUUUCAUUGGAGUUAAGGAGAAAUGUUUUGCCCAACCCAUAGAUAUUACAAAGCAAGAAUGCAAUCAGUGAGGGAAGGGAGCCACAGACAAAAUCAAAGGAAAAUUAUUAUAUUUUUCUGGGCUUGACAUUAGGGUUGAAUUUUUAUUGCAUGGAUUUCUAGAGAUGCCUUGCUUAAAUGCUGUUACUGCAAAAACAGCAGUGUAUCUUGUGACACCUUAAAGAAUGAAUGAAAGAAUGUCACUUUUUAAAGUGUCACAGAACUCUGUGCUGUUUCAAUUACAAAUUUCUAAAGUUUUCUAAAGAAAAAGGCAUACAUUCUUUUUAGUUCGGAGUGGGGUAACCUGUGGCUCUCCACAUGCUGUUGGACCCCAAAUUUUAUUAGAUCAGCCAGCAUGGCCAAUGAUCACGGAUGAUGAUCUAAACUUAGAACUGACCCUGAUAGUGAAUGGGAGAAACUGAGCUCAGUGAAUAUGCCAUAAAUGCUUUAGACUAGAGCAGGGAUAAGGAACCUGUGGCCCUCCAUAUGUUGGUCAGGGAUGAUGGGAGUUGUGGUCCAACAACAUCUGGAAGCCCAAAGAUGUCCAUAUCCUUGUUUUAGAUACAAUGCACAGCAGUUUUAGAGAAUGGACAGCAGGGAUCAUGGUUCUUCUGAAAUGGCACUUUCCAUCUAUAGAAGAGCUUGCAUUAGAAAUUAUUGUAAGAUUAAAUGACUACCCAAUUAAUUAGGGGCUCCUUUUUAGUUGAUCAAAAAGCUUUUAUAAUCAAUUAAUCUAAGCAAUUGACUUAUGUUGCAGCCCUCUAGAAAAACCCAGUAUCCGUUAAUACUGAAGUUAUAUCAUAAACAUUGUAACCAAGUCUAAUUUAAAACUUCCCAUUUUCUGUCCUACUAUAACUGAAUUGAAUUGAAUAUAUAUUUUAUUUUAAAUUGCUAAAUUGACAUGUUUAUUUCAUUCCAGGCAGGUUCAUUUUCAAACUUUUCAUCUUAGAACACAAGUUUCCCUUUUUUGUAUGAUAAUAUUGUGGUCUUUCAUACUAUUUAUAACCCAAAUAAGAUGCUGUUGCUGUUUCUUCUUCUUUAACCAAAGUCUUGGUGGUUCCUAUUUUCAAUUCUAAAAAAACCCAUGCCUAGCAUCUUAAGUGUGCAGCUCCUUGCAACUUUUAUCACUUACCUUGACUUUAUCUUUGUGAUUUUUUUUUAAUACAGCAAAAUAAUUUAUCCUUUUUAACUUCAUAAAUAUGCUGCACAGAACUAAUUCAUAUGCUAGCUGUUAAAAUCUUGGAAGAAUCAGGAAAGGGAAAAGAUAGUACAUCUUCAACCCGGCACAUAGUUAAAACUAUGGAAUUCGUUCUCACAAGACAUUGUAGCGGCCACUCUUUGGAUGGCUUCUAAAGGGGAGAAGACUAUCAAUGGAGGAUAAGACAAUCAAUGACUAGAUUGGGCCUUUGGCCUGAUCCAACAGGGCUCUCCUUACAUUCUUAUGUAAAUUCUACACAACAUACUUAAUGCAAAUAUAUUGGCUCAAAUCCAAAGAAAGUUAGCCAUUAUACUCAAGGACCAGUAUAAAUUAACAAGGCAUAAAUAAGUCACAACGGCACUUGUCCUCGAAAAUUUGAAAAGGCAGGCGCCAGCGUAGUUUGACAAUUGGUCCUUAGGGGGUCUGGUGGGCUUCUGGGCUAGACGUCUCAGGAAGCCCGAUUUUGCACCUGUAUUUAGUUGCUAAACUGGAGUCAUCUGGCCCUAGCCUUGCAUUUAGAUCACCCACCGGCAGGACCCUUGCCCCUGGAUAAUCCAAAAUCAGCAACUUAACCAAGGUUUCUAAUCUUUUCCACUUGCUAUCGAUGUCAUUAUUUAAGCUAGUUGGAGGAAUAUAAACAUUUAUAAAUAACACUUUAGAUCUUCCCCAUGAUAUAAGUAAGGCCAUUGCUCGUUGGUCUAGGGAGGGCAGCUCUUUACAGAUGGCAUUUAGACAUUGAGAAAUCAAGGUGCAAAGCCCCCCCUUUAGCCUCCCUGGGCCUCUGCCCAGGAUAGCCCUAAUUGCAUAAGCAUAAAAACCUUCCAGAACUGGAGUUUCUGCCCCCCAUGUCUCUUGAAGGGUGAUGAUGUUAAAGUUUUGGCGAUAGAAUGGGAUAUCUGUAGAUUGAGAAGGAAACUCGGAGCGCUGUAAUUAGCCUCAAAUAGUUUUAGAUAACCUCAAUGAGUUUUGGAUGGCUUCAGCAAGAUUUCAAAGGGGCUUUAGAAGAGCCUCAAAGGAAGGGAGGAUGUUUAAAAUGCUGUCCGGCGACUCCCGGAGUCCUUAUCUGGCUGGGAUAUAAGCUUGUUUUCUGGGAGUGUGUCUUUUCCCCUUAUUAUUUUUUAAAAGCUCCUACUCACUUUGCUGAGGCUCACAGGAGAGCCUCUUCAGAAACUUAUCGUCCUAUUGAGUUCAGAGCAGCACAUUUAACUUUCACUGGAUUUAACUUUCACUGGAUUUGGGUCAUUCCAUUGAAUCCACUGUCUCCGGACAGCGCUGGCCCCCGGCCUCUUGAGUGAGAUGGGCGCACAACCCUAGAGUCUGUCAAGACUGGCCCGUACCUUUACCUUUACCUUUAUUGAAUCCAUUAUGAUGACAACAUGUUUAUUUGGAUUGGUACCAGCUUUCUGAAGUUGCAGAAAGGGGGCUCUCCUAAAAUCCCUUUAACCAGAGACAGUAAGGGCAUAAGGGCUUCUGUAUGCCAAGAAUGACCUCUCUCCUUCAAGUACUGAUGGUACAAACCUAAGUGUGGCUACUAAGAAGCAAGGCCAAUUGCAUUCUUUGGGACUCUCUCCUUGGUGUGUUUAGAACUGCAACCUUAAUGUAUUAAAAUUUAGGUUUCACAAGCAAAUCAGCAUUGGAUACAUUUCAGUUCUACCCAACCCUCAAAAAGCACUCAAAUACUAUUUCCCUUCAUGGCUUCAAACCUUUUAAGACAUUUUUUUCUCUGUAAGGGUCAUGAUAAAAAAUCUUACUCAUCAAUUAAUCUUCUAAUUAAUCUUACUCUUUUUUUAUCCAAAGUCAUUCUAGUGUAGUGAGAAAACAUUUUUAACAGCAAAUAAAUACCCCAGGAAAAGCUAUAGAUUUAUUUCUGCAUUGUCAUUAAUUUGCCAAGCAUUGAUUUUUACCCCAGAUUCAGGUAUGUUUCAAGUUGGCUUUAAAAAUGAAUUCAGAAUUAAACAUUUUGCAUAAUAACCAAUAUUACUCACAAUGGACCCAUGUAACUUAAGGGACCUGCUCUGAGUAGGACCAACAUUUGCUACAAUUCUCUAUUUAUAUAACAUUUAUAUGCUGAUUUUUGGCUCUAAUUUUUUUUGGACUGCCCUCUUAGCUGCAAAAAUACAGUUGAAUCCAAAAGAAAGCAACUAGCAUGAAGAAUUUCAGCAUCGUUUUACGUCAGGAUCCAUAGACUAGCAUACUGGCAAAUUUCAUUUCCCCCCAGUGCAGUUGCUGUUUUUAACCAUAUUAGAUAUAGUUCAACUGCUGCCUGCCUCAAUAAAUACAUUUUAAACACAUAGAGGGAAUAAAGUUUGGUCAUGUUUGGACUCUUUGAUUUAUAAUGUAUACUGCAUUAGAGUUACAAAAGAAAGUAAAAUGUAUAGGAAAUUUGAUUUAAGACCUUUAAACGUACAAUAAUACUGAUCGAAACUCAUGAUGUAAUCUCUUUCUAAUGCCUUAUAUUUUUAGGCAACUUAUAUAAAUGAUCAUCUGGGGAGGGGGACUUCCUCCUGUACAAAUAGAAGUGGGGUUUGACUUUGUAAAAUGAAAAACCUCAUCUUUUUCUUGACUUGUUUUAGCAUUUUGACUACUGAAAGAUACACUGGAGGCUAAUACUUUUUAAAAAGGCAUUUUCUUUCAUUUUCACUCUCUGGCAAAGACAGACAAAAUAAAAACAAGCCUGUUGGUAAACUCACAAUCUCAGUCUGCAUGCUGGAUUAAAAAAAAUAAAAAUCUCUCAGUACCUCCAGAUUAAAAUUAUACUGUACACUUUCCCUAGCUUUCUGUUAUAUGCACUGUAAUGAAAUGUGACAAAAAAAACCCCCACUGUAUUUAGCUGUGUGUGAAUGAAAACUAUGCUUGUAUCUAGCAAAAUGGUUAAUGUGAUUAUGUGACAUUCAAAACUUGUAAAGGAAAAUCCGUGUUUUUAUUUCCUCUGCUGUUCCCCACCCCACCCCAUCAAACAUCUGUAUACAGCAACCAUGGUGGUAAAAACCCAGUACAGAGUAGAUUAAUAAUAAACAUAUGCACUGUUUUAACAGAAUCCACUGGUGUUUUUAAGGUGCAGAUAUGAACAAGGUCUGUCUCCCACUAUUCUGGGCAUUUUCAAACUGGUAUUCUUGUGCAAAUCCAGAGUGAAUAAAUUAUUCUAUAGAGCCAGGAUGGGAAAUAGUCCAUUUGAGUCACUGCCAAGGCAAUGCAUUGUGAACUACAGGAAAGUCGCUAAUUCCUGUAUUGCACACAGCUGACAUUUUAACUGAAAUCAAGCAAAUUAUGACCUAGGAAUUGCUGGUGGAUUAGACUGCUGCACUUCUGCAAUGUCAUUUGUGCAAGCUGCAGUUAAACUUUUGAAAAUCCAGACGUGGAAAACAUUUGCUGACAAAUGUACAUCCUGUCAGAAAUAAUGUUGGGAGUCAACAUCCUUGCAGUGCAUCUUUGCAGUGCCUCUUGCCACAUUCUAGCUGCCCCCCUCCCAUUAAAAAAAGCCUUCUUGCUUUUAACACCCAACUGACACAGGAACACUAAUGGGCCUUGUGGGAAAUAAAGCUAGGGUAUGCAGUGGCAGGAUCUCCCUAGCUUUCCACAAUGUCUCAGAGCAAUGCUGUAUUGGGAGAACCGCAGGACAGACAAAUGGUGGUUAGACUCAGUAGGCCUGGUACAGCUCAGAGCAGAAGCACAAUUGGAUAAAAGGAACCAGAAGGCACUUUGCACACAGACCUUUUAAUCCUGGCCCUGGUCACAGCUGGUGAAGGUGAGGAUUAAAGAUAACGUUCUGUAGCAUGGUGUUCUUAGGAACCAAAAAAGUGUCCAUCUGUGCAGCAAUGCUACCAACUGGAUGAUGGAUGGUGGACGGACUUAGCCGGAUAUAUCCCUGCAAGAUCAUGGGUUUAAAACAGGAGUCAACUAUGGUGCUCUUCAGAUGUUGCUUGAUUCAAACUUCCAGCAACCCCAGCUAGUAAGGGCAUUGGCCAGGGGUGAUGAGAGUUGUAGUCCACCAAAGACAAGAGUUGUCACCUGAUUAUAGAAUCUGAGUCAAUUAAUUAUAUUUGUAUGUAGGAGAAAAUAGUUAUUGAAGCAAUAAGCAUAUUUUCUGUUCUUAAGGUUAUGUACAUGUAUCCUCUUAAGAAAACAUUGCUUCCUAUGAGAGAUGGGAAAUAUAACUAGAGAAGGAUCAGGAAAUGGCAAUCAAAAAGAUCAAAGUAUGGAAGUACAUAUUUAUGAGGAAAUGUUCCAACAGUUGGAGCUGUUUGCUUUAGAAAAAAUGGAGAGUAAAUCGAGGGAUGGAGAAUGAUGAAUGUUUAUAGAAUAAUUCAGGGCUAUGGGAAAAAUUGCAGUCGAGUAAUAGUGGAAGAUUCAAGACAGUGCAUAGCUGGAAGUGAUGAGUUUGCACCCACAAUAUUUAGUAAUGACCACUAACUUGCAUGACUUUAAAAUAGGGCUAAUAAAAAUUCAUGAAGGCUAUCUGGUUACUAGGCAUGAUGGCCAAGUAUUAGCUCCAGUGUCUGUUGCAAAGAUUCACAAGUGAGAAGCGUCCUGUUGCAUGUAGAGGACCCCUGUGAGCAUUGGAUGCUGGAGUAGGUGGGCCUUUGGUAUAAGCAACUCUUCUCUUAUGAUGAAACUUCAGAAAGGAUGUCACAUCAUUUGCCUCAAGAUCUUGUGCUGAGAUGACCAUGUGUGAACGACUGAAUCUGUAAGCACCUACCUCUUCCUUUAAACUGCAGGGAUUUGAAUCCUAGAAUUAUUGCAGUCCUGGGGCAAUGCACUGGAAGUUUGGUGUUACAGCAACUUGCUGAAGCACAGUCUUAGAAAAGGAAUUUCUUCUCUGGACUAUCAUCGCCUAAGAGGGUGCUUGCCACACACACACACACACACACACACACACACACACACACAAAUAUACUGUAUAUCCCAACUUUAUUUUGUGGAGCUCAAGAUAGGGUAUGUGAGAUUUCCCAUCCAGGAAUUGACCAGUUCUCAGACUGUCUUUACUCAGACCCAUUCUGAAGCAUUUUAACAGUGGGCUUUCAACUGGCUGAGCUGUAUAGUGAGGUGGGAUUGCUGCUACCAUACAGCAGUUCUAGCUACAAAUCAUGCCUAGGAUAGUAAAGGGCUCUCAGCUCUUUCAAAGGCACCACAGCUCAUCAUGGCUAGACACAAUCAAGAGUUAUUGAGUACACUGAGUAGCAGUGUUGGGCCACUGUGGCAUAACCAGAAGCUGCAGCUUUCGGGAAAUAAAGGGAGACAUUCACAGGCAGAGAUCCAUAGAAUUACUUUAAGUCAUCCCCAAGUUUAAAACUCUCCUAGAAUCAUAGAAUUGUAUUUGGAAGGGGUUUCAGUGGUCAUCUAGCCCAAUCAUCUGCAGUGCAAAGCUAAAACAAUCUGACAGACGGCCACCUGGCCUGUUUAAAAGCCUCCAAUGAAAGUGUGCCACAAAACAAGAGGACAGUGACUGUUCAAGCAAGUCCAAACACCCUUUGGAUGUAUAGAAGUGCCCUUGUAAUUCUUUUGAUUGUUCCCAUUGUAACCAAGAGGCACCAAGGCUCUGUGGCAACGUGACGAUUAAAGAUGCUUGGAUAGCCAUUUCACCCAUCUUUUAGAAGUGUGGGAGGCAUGCAAAACAUGAUUUUAGGAUUUUAGGGCUGCAAGAUUAGCUGACCUCAUUUGUGCAGCAGUAGAACCAUUUCAGGCUCCACUAUCCUUUGUUAUUAUUUCUGCACUGUGUUCAGACAGUUCCAUAAGAAGUUUUGGUGUUUGCUCAUGCCUUUUUCAUUUAUGUUGCCAUGUACACUAGCAGAUAUGGACACACUGAUUAAAGAGCAGUGCAACAAGGCAAGACUAAUGUGCUAACUCAUGAACUGUAGCAAUUCUCUAAGUUAAGAUAGGUGAGCAACAAACACAAGAGAAACAUGCUCAUCCCUAAAGUUUUAAGAUGCCAACCUACAUCCACCCUAACAGCUCAGGCUAGACGUGCCUUACAUAUCUAGGAGAUCCAAUGUCCAUAUGGAACUUUUAGGUGAAGCACUAUUAGCCUUACUCAGCAUCUAUAAUAAACACUACAGCUUGAACACAUAUAAUUUUAUUCAACCAUCAACUCAAACUCUCACAAGAGCACCAUCUUGUCUCUUAGUAAGGCAGAAACUAACUUCUUGGAGGAGGGGGAAAUCUAUAGCUUGAAGAGAUGAAACUAUAUACAAAAAUUCUGUAAUCCAAAAGGAAAAAUGAGAAAGAAACAUUUUGUUUCAUAAUCAAUGUUUUUUGCAUUAUUUGGAUGUUAAGUUCUGUAUUCUUAUUCACCAGAAAUAUUGCUGUCUUCUGUUUCUUCUAAAUCUAAAUAAAAUAAUGUCCUUUUAUUUUA